AUGAUCUUGAUUUUGAUGCUAUUCUCUCUGCUAUGUACUAGUGAGGCUGCUGCUCUAGGUGCCAGUGCGUCUGUGCUUUCAGGUACUGGUGAGUCCGCCCUCUCAGGGACCCGCACCACUCUCACGCCGCUGAGUCGGCCUGUUGCGGUGUCCCUGGCGGACCCCUCUGGGGGGCCUGUCCUGUCUCGCUUCUCCACUGUCCUCCCGUGUCCGGCGGCCCCCUCUGGCACCCUGACUGGUCUCUACCUCCCCUCGUUCUCGACGAACUUGGUGAGUGGUGCUGACCUCCAGGAUGCAGGUGUCCACCAGUUCACCCCUGCUCGUCAGCGGGUGACCCACUGUACGGAGGCGGAUACAGGUCGCCACCUGGCUACGUUUACACGUCGGCCGGGGUCGAGCCUGUACACACUGACCACUGCUUCUCCUCCAGGUACUGCGUCUGGUAGGGCCCCUUCGUCUGGUCAGGUGUUUGCUGCAGCGUCCAGGUCUGGUCCUGAGUCUGCCCCUUGUUCGUGUCGUCGUCUGUCUCACGAGACCCUCCUCUGGCACCACCGCCUUAGCCACCCCUCUCUGCUUUGGCUCAGAGGCAUGGCCUCGCGGGUCCUUGUGUCUGGUCUUCCCCGGUCCCUCCCUCCCCUUCCUCCGGGCCCUGGCCCUGCCUGUGUCCCCUGUGUCGAGGGGCGCCAGCGUGCUGCCCCUCACUCCUCCCAGUUUCCUCCGACAGAGGCCCCGUUGCAGACGCUUCACAUGGACGUGUGGGGCCCAGCCCGCGUCCGUGGACAGGGUCAGGAGCGCUACUUCCUGCUGGUGGUUGACGACUACUCGCGUUACACCACAGUCUUCCCCUUGCGCAGCAAGGGUGAGGUCACUCAGGUGUUGAUCGACUGGAUCCGCGCAGCUCGUCUUCAGCUUCGGAGAAGCUUUGGCUCUGACUUCCCUGUCUUGCGUCUGCACUCGGACAGAGGCGGAGAGUUCUCCUCUGCCCUCCUGAGUGCCUACUGUCGUGUGCGAGGCAUCCGUCAGACCUUCACGCUUCCGGACUCACCACAGCAGAAUGGGAUCGCUGAGCGCCGCAUUGGCAUGGUCAUGGACGUCGCUCGUACGUCCAUGAUGCAUGCGGCUGCUCCCCAUUUUCUGUGGCCGUUUGCGGUCAGGUACGCUGCGCACCAGAUCAACCUCCACCCCAGGGUCUCUCGACCGGAGACCUCCCCAGCUCUGUUGUGGACGGGGAAGGUUGGCGAUGCGUCGGCGUUCCGGGUCUGGGGAUCUCGGGCGUUUGUUCGCGACCUGUCUGCGGACAAGCUGUCCCCUCGUGCUUCUCCCUGCGUCUUCCUCGGGUUCCCCCCCGACGCCCCUGGGUGGCAGUUUUACCACCCCACCUCUCGACGUGUUCUGUCCUCCCAGGACGUCACGUUCGAUGAGUCGGUACCCUACUACCGCCUCUUCCCCUACCGCACUCCGUCCCUCCCCCCACCCCCGCUCUUCUUGGUAGACGCGGUCGAGCCUGUCGAGGUCACUGGUGACUCCGGUGCUGCUGCGGGAGCUGAGCCUGGGGGUGCGGAGUCUAGGGGUGCUGAGCCUGGGGGUGCUGAGCCUGGGGGUGCGGAGUCUGGGGGUGCUGGGCCUGGGGGUGCUGAGCCUGGGGGUGCUGUGCCUGGGGGUGCUGAGCCUGGGGGUGCUGUGCCUGGGGGUGCUGUGUCUGGGGGUACUGAGCCUGGGGGUGCUGAGCCUGGGGGUGCUGAGCCUGGAGGUGCCGAGCCUGGAGGUGCUGUGCCUGGGGGUGCUUCGUCUCGCCGGGAGCCGCUCUCUCCACAGGAGCUGCGUGAGUGGUUUGCCCGGCGCUGGAGGCGUGCCGCUGGUGCUGGUGGUUCUUCGGCUGCGGAGGGCGCUGCUGCCACGCGACCUGGCGGUGCUCGUCCUGUGGGUGCUGGAGCUGCUGGGUCUGAGGGUUCUCCUGGAGCUGGUCCUGCUGAGGACGUUGGCGCUGAGCCUGCGGUUGGUGGUCCGACUGACGGUGCUCCUGGUGCUGCUGCUGGAGGUUCUGGAGCUUCUGGUGGUUCUGCUGGAGGUGCUGCUGGAGUGGGUGCUCCGGCCGGAGCUGCUGGUUCUGUUCCUGCUGUUUCUGGCGUCGCCGCGCGGUCUCGACCGUACUUCGUUCCGCUCCUGCAGCAGGUUCUUGGUCUUGCUCCUCCUCCUCCUCCCUUAGAGGGUCCGCAGCCUGUCCGGUCACAGCCACAGCUAGAGCCUGCCUCCCCUUUGCCUGCUCCUUCUCCCUACGCUGGUCCGACUGGAGGCCUUACUGAGCGUCGUGAGCCUGCGUCUCGUCCUGUGUCGCCUGUUCGUACUGAGCGCGCUAGUGGUCGCGGGUCGCGUCAGCGUCCUCCUCCUGUCCCUGGCACGCACCGGAUGUCACUGCGUCCGUCCAUUGCUCCUCUGCGUGCCCCUUUGCCUUCUCCUCCUGCUUCCUCUCUUCCUGCUCUUGCCGACCCGGAGUCGGACUCUCUUCGUGCUGCCAGUCCUACUGUCACGCGUCUCCUUGCUACUGCUGUCACUGACCCUUCCUUCGAGUCGUCUGCUGCGUCUGCCCUUGUCACUGAGCUUGUCGACUUUGCUGCGCGCUGUCGUCUAGACUACGCUGCUCGUCUUGUCGCUGAGUCAGACUCCGCCUGUCCUCCGUCCGUCGGGGGUGAGUGUGCCCUUGGCACGGACGUCCUAGAGGACAGGCAGGAGGAGUUCCAGUGUCUAGCCGCUGCUUCACCUCGUCUCGCGUCUGUACUGCUAGCCCCUGAGGGAGACCCGGAUGCACUAGACAUCCCGACUCCGCGUUCUUACGCGGAGGCCGUAGAGGGUCCCUACUCCUCUCAGUGGCAGGCAGCUAUGGAUGCAGAGAUGGCUUCCUGGAAGUCCACAGGCACCUACGUUGACGCGGUUCCCCCUCCUGGGGCGAACAUCGUCAGUGGCAUGUGGAUCUUCAGGGUGAAGCGGCCCGCCGGGCUCGCCGCCUGUCUUCAAGGCGCGUUACGUGGCUCGUGGCUUCACGCGACCUACGAGCUUCACUCUCUCGACUUCAGCACUGCGUUCCUGCAGGGUAGCCUGCACGAGGAGAUCUGGCUGCGCCGUCCGCCUGGCUUCACUGGGACUUUCCCUCCUGGCACCCAGUGGAGCCUCCGACGGCCAGUCUACGGUCUCCGCCAGGCACCGCGUGAGUGGCACGACACACUGAGGACUACGCUUGCGGCUCUUGGGUUUGCUCCUUCUACUGCUGACCCGUCGCUGUUUCUUCGCACCGACACUUCCCUGCCGCCGUUCUACAUCCUCGUGUACGUCGACGACUUGGUCUUUGCCACAGCGGACACUGCUGGACUUGCCUACGUGAAGUCCGAGCUGCUGAAGAGACACACGUGCACAGACCUGGGUGAACUGCGCAGCUACCUUGGCUUGCAGAUCACUCGGGACAGAGCACGCCGCACCAGAACCCUGACUCAGUCACACAUGGUGCAGCAGGUCCUUCAGCGCUUCGGCUUCACGUACUCCUCGCCUCAGGCCACUCCUCUGCCUACUCGCCACUCACUCUCAGCUCUGCCUUCGGAUGAGUCCGUAGAGUCGAGUGGUCCGUAUGCAGAGCUUGUUGGCUGCCUCAUGUACCUGAUGACCUGCACACGACCUGACCUUGCAUACCCUCUGAGCAUCCUUGCACGCUAUGUUGCUCCUGGGAGACAGCGAUCAGAGCACAUGGCUGCAGCGAAGAGGGUAUUGCGCUACCUGUGCAGUACGUCGGGCAUGGGGCUAGUGCUUGGAGGGCGGAGUCCAGUGGUCCUUACUGGGCACGCAGACGCUUCUUGGGCUGACGACCAGGCUACGCAGCGGUCGUCACAGGGUUACACCUUCAGCCUUGGUUCCGGCUCUGUCUCGUGGCGGUCUACUCGCUCGUCUUCGGUUCUCGGCUCCAGUUGUGAGGCUGAGAUCUACGCCGGGGCCAUGGCUGCACAGGAGCUUCGCUGGCUCACCUACCUGCUGACUGACCUUGGAGAGCUGCCUCGUUCUCCUCCAGUGCUGUACGUAGACAACAAGGCCAUGUUGGCCUUGUGUCGAGAGCAGCGCUUGGAGCACAGAACGAAGCACAUUGCUCUCCGCUACUUCCUUGCUCGUGAGCUGCAGCAGCGUGGUCAGUUGCGACUUGCUUACGUGGCCUCUGAGGCCAACACUGCUGAUGUGUUCACCAAGGCACUUGCGCCUUGCGACCAUCAGCGCUUUUGUACCCAGGCUGGGUCUUGUACCUGUCUUGCCUCACUUGCUCUCUCUUGA